UCAAAGCUGGAUUCCUUAUUCAAGUACAUGCAGUAAUUACUGAAUAUGUUACCAGGGAAUCAGGGGAUAGUUGUUUCGUCAAUGGGAAGUGGAAGUCGUACAACAAAAGCACACAGAUAUGCUGCACAUCACCUUAUGCGAACAUUCUUGAUAUUCAAGCUGGGGAUGAUCCAAAUGAUUACCUUUGCUGCGAAGGUAUAGCGCGCAAAAAGUCUGUUUACCAUUGCUGUGAUAAUUUGGCCAUUGCCAAAGAACCCAUCAACAAAAACAAACAAUGCUGUGGCAAGGUAUUGUUUGAACAUGGUCAACACCAGUUCUGCUGUAAUGGGACUCUACACCAGAAAUUUAUCGAAGACACUACAAAAAAAGAGCGUGAAUGUUGCCUCUCAACCGAAACCUUCAUCAUUGGACAAGAAAGAUGUACCCCAAAUGGGGUUCUACCUUUCGACAAGGAAUACUGUGGUAAAGAAAUAUACGAUAUCAACUCAAAAAUGUGCUGUAGUGGUGUGGUGUGUGACCGUCCUUCAGAUAUAAAAACAGAGAAUUAUUGCUGUGGGAAUCAGUCGUAUUCAACAUUGCAUGGGAAGUGCUGUCAUGAUGAGGAAACAGGUCGCGAUAAUGUGAUUGGAAAAGCUUAUGAGUGUUGUGGUUCUGGUAAGAUAUUAACGGCAACACAAUUCUGCUGCAAUGGUUUCGGGUAUAAUCGCAGCUCAGACCUUCAGUGCUGUGGAGAUGUCGGUGUCUUCAAUAAAAACCAUGAGAAGUGUUGUAGAAGUGGGUCACGUUAUUCUUUGGGUGCAAUUCCUAAUGCUGAGGAUCAUGGCAAGUGCUGUGGAAAUGGUGAUAAAUUACAAGCAUAUGAUGACAGGGAACAUCGAUGUUGUGGAGGAAUUCGUCCUGGUGAGCCUGGUGGUGUGAUCACCCUGAAGAAGAAAACACUUGACAACCACUGUUGCUACAAUGCAACAUCCAAAACUUUCACCACAAUCAACAACAAGGAAGAGUAUUGCCCAGGUCGUGGCCCCCAUGGUUAUGAAAAUGGUCCAAAAGAAAUAUGUGGCAGUGCCAUGAUUUAUACAUGGACUCACACAUGCUGCCAUGGCAUAGCUGCAUUGAACAUUAAGGACACUAAUACUGGAAAAUGCUGCAGGAAUAAGCUCUAUGAUCCUAACACUCAUAACUGUUGCUAUGGUGAGAUCAUAAAGAAAACGGAAUGGCAGUGUUGUAAAAUUCCCAAAGACAAACGGAAAUUAACUGAGAAGUGUGAUGAAGUUCAGACGUGUGGUCGUAAAGCAAUCAAUCCCAAGACCAGAAUGUGCUGUGAUUCUUUUGACCAUCCUAAGCAGGACAGAUCCGGAAAAAACUACUCCUGUUGUGGUAGGGAGAGAGUUCUAACUAUGAACUAUGAUGCACAAUGUUGCGCUGGACAGAAAAUCGAUAGUAGUAAAAAAUGUUGCAGUGGAAAGCCUAUAUCCAAGGAUGAAAGAUGUAUAGAGGGGGGACUGCCGAAAAUGAGGUCAACCACUUCACGAAUAACUGGAUAUGGCAACGAUGCUGACUGCAACCCAUCCAAAACCAAGCAUAGCUUCCCCCCACAUGCUGUUAGUGAUACCUGUUCUGGUCGCAGCUACGAUAUGACAAAGCAGUGGUGCUUGAAUGGAAGAAUUGUUCCUGUGAAGAACAUCAUGCCUGGGAGUUGUUGUACGCUGUCUUCAUCCUCACAACAAAUUGUUAAGAAACUCGUCCAGCGUCAGCCUUUGAAAAAGUAUAUCUUGGUGAUCAUGACCACAGCUUCCCAUCCUGAAGAGCUGCACACAUCGCUCGGUGGCCGCGUGCUUUAUCGUCGGGCGAGAGUUGUCGAGGACUUAACGCGGGUACAUCGACGACGUCAACUAGGAAAGCGAAUUAAUUUGUUGAUACCUCUGCAUGGAAGGAACCAGUGUAGGGAUAUGCUCAAGGAAAGAUAUCGUCGUUUCAUCCUGGUAACCUCCCAGGAACCAUGGCGAGGCAUGCUGAUGUUUGAAGCCAAUGAUGUCAUCUUUAAGUAUGAGAGCCGUUUUGUAAAACAGAUGGAGAAGAUUUUGUAUGCAUAGAGGGAGACCAGAAGAAAUGGAAUAUUGAGUGAUAUUUUAGGAUGAAAUGGGAAGUGCUACGUGUGACUCAUGGCUUGGUCUAUACUCCAAACACUGAACGAGAAGGAGCUGAUCUUUUGCAUUUUUAUUGUGUGGGAUGCAUUUCACCUUAACUUUCAGUAAAAACUGAUACCAUUGUCUGCACAGUAAUUGCUAUGAGAUCUGCAGUUUAUUUACACUUUUGUCAUUCUGGCUGUUCUGACAGAAAAGAGCUACUAUGUUUGAGCCUAAUGGGUAUCUUCUUCUAAUACCAGUGAAUGACAAAAAUCUGCAGUUAGAUUUCAUCCAAGAAACAAACAUGCCCUUUUCUUUUUGUGCCAAUAAUGCUGUGAUCAGAUUGUACACGUAAUAUUUGUUUAAGGAAUGGGGCUUGAAGUUAUAGCUUUCAAUGUAUGUUUGUUUACAUAUGUGAUGUAUUUAUCACACAAAGUAAGUUUCUAAUAUGAGACAUGUAUUUUCUGGUUGAGCCAGAACGUGAAGAUGUUGAUAUUGUGUUUUCUAAUCUGGUAGAGCCAGAACAUAAUGGAUUUUAAUUAUGUGAAUCAAUAGUUAUGAGCAUCAAUUUUUAUUCUGGUAUUGAAUUUGUCGUACUACCCAACGAGUCACGAGGGACGAAUGUUUUGGUGUCAAAAAUUCAGGGUAUAUUUGCUCCUGGCAUUGAUUUGAAUUCUUUUACCAGAUGGCACAUCUUGGAACAAAAUUGGAUAGUCUACCUUGUUUAACAGAUUUUGUUUUCAGGGUCUGUGUAUUAAAUGUAAAUUAUGGCAGUUAAUUUGUUGCAUGAAAUUCAUUAGUAUAAAACUAUAAGUAUAUUUAAUUUGUAUUUAGUUGAUAGCAGUAAGUGUUAGUGUUUGGAAUUUUAGAGACAAAAGUUGAGGAUGUAGGGUUUUUAGGCUCAUGGCAUUGAUAAUGAAUUUUCUUUGAGUGAAUAAAGUCAUAUUGACACAAAUUACCCCCCCUUGUAAUGUGCAAAUCAGGUAAAACAUUAUUUUUGAGAUUAAGGACAUUGACCCAAGCUUUCCAAAGUUAAUGCAUCAAAAGGCAAUCAGUUGUCAUUACAAAUAAAAUGCCGUCUCUUCAUUUCUCCAUGCUGGGUCACAUAUUUAAACUUGUAUGUCCAGAAUACAUUCAGUGUGAUUUAUGUAUUUAUGUGAU